AUGAGUGCUGAGCAUUUGAAAAAUAUUAAGUUACUUUGUGCACGAAUUUUUCAAAAUCAAAGGGAUAUUGAUAGUGUGAGGGAAUUACGUAAUGUUCUAAAUAGGGCUAGUGGCACAAUUGUGAAAACUUUGGAACCGAUCAUAUUCCCUGUGUUUUUUCCGAUACUGAAAAGUAUUUCAGAAUCAAAGAACAAUUAUAAAGAAAAUGAGAAGCAAGAAAUCGUUGAGACUUUUCGGUCCAUUUUUGAAAAAGUUAAAAUCGAAAAUUUGGCUUUGUUUUUCAAUAUUUACGGAUUCCUUUUAUUCGAAAUCUACGACCAUAAAACACACACAGUUUUAAGCACAAGUGAGGAGUACAAAUUAAGUAUAGUACAAUGUAUGACAUCGUUAGCCCAAAACUUAAGUUCUUCAAUAAUAGAAGAAUUGUACGUGAAGCAAAACGCCCCAAAACUGUGCCAAAUGAUUUACGUUAUGUUAGAAAUGGCAAAAAAUGAGCAGUUCAAAACUUUGCGGAUUGCGUCCAUAAAUUGCAUAAUGGCAAUCGCCCACGUUCUGGACGACGAAGAUUUCGACGAUAUCGUCAUUAGGAACCAAAUCGCCGAAGUUUUUCUCUUUUUUCUGCCAGGCGUCGCAACUCAGCUUAAAUCAGUCGCGCUAAUUGAUGAGAAAUUCGGUCACAAAAUCCCUUCGGUAGCCCUCACAGCUUGGGGAAGGAUCGUGACUUUGCUAAUGCAGGACUACAAUGCACAGGACCGUAAAAUCGAUCUCGGAGGAAUCACAGACACAACCCCCACUCUUAACAAAAAAUGGGAAAACGAGGCGGAGUUAGAGGACUAUCUUAAAAAAACGGAACGCUCGCCUCAGUGGUACAAAACCACUGAUAAGAAACUACAAAUGAUAAUUAUCGAGUUUGCGAAGCUGACCCAUCAUUGUCACCCAAAUGUUCGGCUAGAACUUGCACAAAUGGCAGCUUUGCUUUUGGACAAUUGCGUCCACACUAUGCCAACAUCAAGCAGUCAUUUAAUCGAUAGUGUUGUUGUUCUAUCGGAAGAUGGUGAUGAUUCGGUUUCGAGGAGAAGUAAGCAGAUUUUGGAGGAACUAUCAGUCAAACUCUCAAGGAGCGAAUUUAAAACUUUGCUUGACGAUUUGGAGGAGAGUUUUUACACUGUUGUUGCCAGUAUUCCUCGCAAGUUUAACGCAAUAGAUGAGAGGGUACAAAUCGUUGCUUUGAACUCGCUGAUCGGUUACAUAACUCUCUUCGGUCGGCAUAACUUGACUCGAGUGCUCUACUCAUCGGUUCAUUUGAACCAACUCUUGUCAACUCUUAUCCACAUAUCGGAGUUUGACAAAAGUGGGUUCAGUGUCUUAGAAGAGUAUACAACUUUAGACUAUGAGUUAAGUCACGACUCGAAAAUGUCGUGGAAAAAAUUCCGACACUUUAAAGAAACCGAAAUCUUGGACAAAAUUGCAACUGUUUGUCGACUUUUGGCCAAAUACGGUGCCUCAUUCAUUGUUAGCGAUUUUCUAUUGGACGUUAUAGCCACCAAUGAGGAACAACGAAAAGAGGCGAUUUUUUUACUAAAUGAAGUGAUAACAGGUUUAGGAAUUGAAAAUAAUUCAACUUUAUUCAAAAAUAUAAUCACAACAUACACUGAUUGUGACAAUUGGUACUUACCUUUGUCGGUAAUGGUGGAUGAGUACGGAUACGAACACACUUUAAGUGACGUACAAAAUAAUAUAAUUCAAGCUUGUUUAUUAGUCGAGGGGGUUGGAAAAAUCGCCUUGGCUCUAGGGAAUGAGUUUCAGCAAUUUUUAUUAAAGACUUUAUAUCUGGUGUUAGAACGAGCAGGCAGUUCCCACCCGAUUAUCCGAACUGCGGGUUGUUCGGCCCUCGCUAACAUUAGUACAGCUUGUCAGUAUUCGACAAUAACCGACUUAAUUAACAACAAUAUUGACUAUUUCUCGUUCCACAUUGAGCGCAAAUUGAGUAAAGCCAAGGGUGAUAAGGGCGGCUUGGAGGUGCUAGGAGUCGUGAUAAGAUACAGUUCUCAAAACGUUUUAAUUUCAACCUGUGAUGUUAUUCAAGAAUUAUUGUAUCACACGUACGACAGCCAUCGGACCAAUUUAAAUUCAUACUUGCAAGUUUUUAAGUUAUUUAUAAUGGGGUUACACCGGUGGUUAGGCAUUGAAAUGCCCGAGGAGGCAUUUAAGACAAAAAAGCAAAAACAGGACGAAUUCGAACACUUUCAAGUUUCGAAUCUCGAACCACCUAUUGAGGAUUUUUCGGACGAAAUUAUGAACAAAACGGCCGAAGAAAUGUACAAAGAAGACUUGGAGAAGAGCAAGAAAGAGUUGGAGGACGAAAUUAACGAACAACCAGAAGAGUACAAAAAGCCCGAGCCCCCACUUCACAUCAAACUAACAAAAGCGAUUUUGAGCCGAUGUUUACACUUCCUGCCUUCCAAAAACCAACCCCGACAAUUACUUGUUUUGGAAAUUUUGAAACACGGUGUAAUUAUUUUGAAAAACUGGGAGGAUGAGUUACUACCAAUCGUGCACCAGAUUUGGGGGCCUUUAGUCGACCGAUUUAAGGAUUUUAAUGAACCGUUAAUCAUCAAUUACAGUUUUCAACUUCUUGUCGUGCUUGCGAAAUUAUCGAAAGAGUUCAUACGGUCCCGGACGGCAAAGGAAGUUUUACCAAACAUUUUAACAAUUCUUGAUAAAUUAUCGGUCGAGAGUUAUUUAAAAGAUAAGGGAUCGGCCUACCGUUACAGCCAAAAUUACAAAUUACAAGUGGUAAUUUUGGAGAAUUUGGCCCGAGUUGUGACCGACUUGGACAUGUCUCAACAGGACACCGAAAAAGCCAUUGAUGUUGUUGUUAAAUACGUCAGUGAUAAGCAACCGAUUCCUCUACAGAAUUUUGCACUAGCUUUUUUCAAAACGGUAAUAACAUAUGACCCAAAGUCAGUCGAGACGAAAGUCAAAUCGUUGCAAAUUUCGCCCGAAAAUGCGAAAAACGUAGCACAACUUGUGAAUUUUUUAGAGGAUUUAAAUAAAUAAAACGUUUACAAA